CUCAUGGAACCCCUCCCUUUCUCUCCAUUCACUCUCCUGUGCAGUGUUUUAUACUGAAAGGUACAAGAUGCGAAUUCACACUGCGACUUGUGCCUCGGUGAGCGGAUACGACAGCAGGCAGGCUGCUCCCUCAGCCUCUCUGGUCGGCUUCAUGUGGUGAGGCUUCCACCCCAGCAGCGGCUGGCUGUCUGCAGGCCCCAACACAGCAUGAUACCGUCCGUUCACACACAAGUAUCAGUUUUGGGUGGAUUGUGAGGACCAGUUGCCACUAUGCGAUGUGUGUAAGGGACCAGUGUUGGUGUUGCGGCCCCAGGCGGGAUGCUGCUGGCGGCCGGUCAGAAUGACUCUGCUGGACUUGUGGCUGUCACGCUCCAUCCCCAUGUGCCUGCUCCUUCAGAGCCUUGUCCUCAUGGCCCUGUGCUUCCCCUCGGCCAGCAUGUGUCCAAAGGGCUGCAUCUGCCAACGCGACCUCCACCUCCACGGCCUCAACGUUACAUGCAGUCAGUCCCGUCUCAAAGAGAUCCCCCCGAGCUUACCGGUCGACACCGUCCUGCUGAGGCUGGACCACAACCAGAUAGGCACUGUGCCCGAUCAAGCCUUCCAUGGACUCAGGCUGAGGGAGCUCAACCUCUCUUACAACGCAGUGGAUACUUUGGGGGAAGGUGCGUUCAGCGGCUUGGAGGCAACUUUACAGGUACUGGACCUUUCCCACAACCGCAUCACUAACGUACACAAGGAUGCCUUUGCUCGGCUGAAGGCCCGCGUCAUUGUGGACGAUAACCCCUGGCAUUGUGACUGCGCCCUCCAGCAGGCCAUCGGUGGAAUGGCCCACAACCACGAGGCGGCCACCAGGGUCCUCUGCAGGAGCUCGGAGCUUCUUGAUCAGGAUGGACGACCCUUCAUGGCGGUGGACACUGACCUCUGUAACCUGGCCAAAAGGACCACAGACUACGCUAUGUUGGUGACCAUGUUCGGUUGGUUCGCCAUGGUCAUUUCGUACGUGGUGUAUUAUGUACGUCAGAACCAAGAGGACGCCCGACGCCACCUGGAGUACCUCAAAUCUCUUCCCAGCAAACCCAAGAAACCUGACGAGGCUGACGACAUAAGCACUGUUGUCUGACAGCAGUGUCAUCGUGACUGUGUCCGCGACAAACCUAUCGAACACCAAAAUGUUUAUGUAACAGGACCCACAUUUAUAGUGUUUACUAUUUUAAACCUUUAGGUGAUGUGUGCAUCAAACUCUUUGUAUUUUGCAGAUGUUGUUGUAUGUCCCUACCGAAGUCUGGUCAUGAUCUGAGAUGAGAAGGGAGGCCACACCGACAUUUUUCUACAAAAAAAGAACAAAAAAACAAAAAACUUAUUGAGUAUGGAAAAUUUGAAUCUCAGGUUUAAAUGACGACACAGUAAUGGUUUUUUUAGACGAAAAUUUGGAAUAUCUGAAAAAAGAAAUAUUUAUAUUUGUAAGUCAGAUCACCCAGUACUCCUUUUCAGAGAGCCCACAAUGAGUCAAAGGUAUAGAAAUUUUAAGAAAUCUUACAAAACUUUUUUUUUCUCUUGCAUUUCACAUACCACACAAAACACGUUUUAAUUUGAUCUGCAUUUACAACAUAAUUAGCAUUUCUGAAACCAUGCCGUGCUAAUGAGAUCUGCUUAAACCAUUCGUGUGUGAUAUUGCUUUGAAUAUGGUUAAUGCCGACAUGAGGUAUAAAGUAGUCUUAUUUCUCAAUCUUAAUUAAUAGACAUAUCAUUAUUAGGACCAGUUUUAAUAACAGAAUACGAAAGUUUCGUAAACCUUAUUACAUCUGGUGGUGGAGAAUACAAGACAAGAAUAAGAAUGUACUGCUUCAAAAUUUGGAGUAAAAAAACAAAAGUAUCGAACAGAGAAAGUACCUUGUCGUAAUCCACUCCAACCUGUGUAAGUAUCAAUCAAUAACGAUGUUCAUGCCAACAUCUGCCACAAGUAAAGUAUGGACAACAUGCUAAAAGAACAAUAAAUCAUAACGGUGAUUCAAAAAUGAAAUUGAUAGCUAGUGUGAAAUGGUGUGGCUGGUUGGUGGUAGCACUGUUAUUCCUUUGUUUAUGAAGAAAUCAGACUCGGGAGUUUUUGUUCCAAAACUAUGGCUGCCUAUUGCAACCACUCUCACAAAAAGAUAACAUUUUGUUUUCAUAGAUUCUAAAACAUGAUCCAUUUGUAAUGCCAGGCUUUUGCUAUUAUAGUGAUCGCUUCACUUUCUCAUAUCUAGAAAUUUGUAGUACUAGGAUGCUUUCCAUGAGCUGCCAUUGCUUCAUUCAUACUUGUUAAGAGCAUUUCCAGUUACACAGCCAAUCGCAACAAACUGGUCAGCAUAAAUAAAUGGCAUUAUUGUGUCCUCUUAACAUCACAACUGCCUAAAAAAACUGCGUUGAUACAAGGAAAUGUAUUAAUAAGGAAUAUAUCUAUGGAUUCAUUAAUAUUAUCAACACAUUUUAAGGAGAACAUUUCCAAAUUUUUAUGAAUUUAAAAAAUAUUUAUAAUUUUUGAGGUGUUGCAUUAAAAUGCAACCAAUUCAUACGGUACAUUUAUGAAACGCUGUAAUAAAAGCAAAGGUUUAUUGAUAAAAGUAUACAUCUGUGUGUAUAGUAACAGGACUUAUUAUAUCAUAAAAGCCUGUUGUAACAAGAAACACAUUGUGAUAUAAUCAGAAACUGACAUGGCCUCUGCAAUGUGCUGCCUACCAGACUGAGUCGUUACCGAACAGCUCAUCCUCCACAAACACAUGCUACCGUACAAUCGUGAUUAACUGUUUUGGUCUCUGAAACAUUGUCUUGGCAAGCAAUGUGUCACAGACAAUCUACAAAAAUGUCAUAUUUGCAACCCAGAAAUAGUUUCACGUUAUAUGAAUUGAAUAUGAAGUUUUGCCGUGAUAAAUGUCGUGCACCACAUACAACGGGUUUCAUUAUGUAAUUACUCGAAAUAUAUCCAUAAAUCUAAUCCAGCAACAAGCAGGGCGGCCUGUGUUUGACCUUACUCCGGCAUAAUUUAACAAUCACUCCAUUUACAAAAGAAAAUAAUGAAAUAUUUUGGUUAUAUAUUACAGGAAUUUGAAAUUGUGUGGGAUGCUGUGUAUAACGAUCUGCCAUCAGUUCAUGACCUCGUCAGCAUUUUGACAUUCUCUGUUCUGCACACGCUUUGCAUACAGAGAGAGGCCAACUGAGGAAAAUGUGUUUCCAGGCGCUCCAAACGCUGCAGGUUGCAGUUGUGUCAGACCAUUUGUUACAUUCCAAAACAAGAUGACCUUCCUACCCAUCUAACACUAUGAUUGUUGUGAAGUGUGUGAAUGUUGCUGUAAGUGUCUUCCUGGAGAGACGGUCUAAAAAUGUCAACCUUUGUCCCCGUGUUACUGCUGGUUUUUCACCCCCUUCUUCUUAGACUGUAGGAGUGACAAUUUUCACUUUUGAGUGGACAAUACAUUGCACAAAACACUUCCAUUCUUGUAAAACCUAGUCUAAAUAUGUUCUUGUGGGUCAGUAAAAUGACCUGUCCCAAAGUAUGCUCCAUAUUUGGCCAAGAGCUUCUUUGCAGAAUUUGGAGCACACAAUAAGUUCUUUGUCUUCUUUUGGCUGGUCUUUAUGAAAGUAACCUUCGGCCUAAAAGAAGACAAAAGUUUAAAUAAUGAUUACAGACUUUCUGCAGUGAACCGCAAGCAAUGAUAUGUUAUGUAUCGGCUGGUUUCUAAAGCAAAUCUGAUGCACUGCAGCAGAACGCUACCGUAUUGGCUUGGUAAAGGACAGCACCUACUAUCCUCUACUUACUUUAGACAACAGGUGGCUGGACUGGCUCACCCCAAAAUCAAAUGGAUCAGGAAAGACAGAGCUAAAUGAACAAGGGCGACCAGAUACAUCCAGAGGGACCCAUUUACCAGAGUAAACACCAGAAUAAAUCCAGUCACAGUAUUGACUGGGAAGAAGUCAAAGUCAUUGACCAGGAGUCAGCAAACAGCCAGAGAAAGACUGAGAAUCUGAUACCAGAGACCGUCUUUGGUCUCUUGGGGCAGUUGAUUGUCCGAGAAGUCCAUAUUAGACGAUUUUGCACCCCAUGAUUGAUGUCCAGUGCAGUGCAAGUAGAAAGCACUGAGCCCUUUACAUGAAUGUAGCAAGACAGAAGUCUGAGUUUAAUGCAGGAAGUGGGAGUUUGCAUCUCUAAACCUCCUCUUGACCCAUAACCACAAUCAUUUACAGAUUAAUAAUGUCUAAGAUUCCUAACAGCCUAAUUACAAUGACUUAUCAUGACCACAUACCACAUACAGUUGUACUGUACAUAUAUAGUGUAGAUUGCGAGUAAAGCCAGGUUUAGCAUAAUUGCCCUAGCCCGGAAACCAGCCCAACUUCUCCCAGCGACAAAAUGUUUGUGGCAGAAAGUUGUGUUGGUGUCGCUCCGUUGGGAACUGACUGUGCUCCAGCAAUGAUCAAAUAGAUUCGUCAGGCUUUCUAAUGGAUCAUCUGGGCACCACGGAGUGUAAAUUGUUUACAACUAAAUGGUCUGAUCAGUGGUAGGACCAUCCAGUUGAAUGCAGAGGUAUUUUUCUCUCUGUACUGGAUGAAACACACCCCAUCCUGAAACCAGGUCCAUAUUCUGAAAACAAUCAAGUGUGGCUACAUGAGCCUAAAUAAAUACACCACGGCUGAGCAGUACGAGUGAGGUACUGCAAAAUUGAUGCGGAAAAGGCUGACAAGAAGAUGCUAUUCUGGAAAAAGUUUUCUGUCUCUGGACAACAUUUGUGGACAGACUGUUGCCGUGAUGUGCUGUGCAUUUUUCCCUCAGAUUGUAAAGUCUUUGCCUAUUCCUGUUGUCUUUAGCUGGCUGUUGUCAAUCAGAGUCAGUCUUUGUAUAUUUGUACUGAGCAGAAGUAAGCACAGGGCUUAAUGUCUCUUCUUGUUGUUGGUGUUUUGUGGUUGCUCAAAUCCGUCAGUGUCGACGCUGUUACUGGUAAUUGUUACUUCAUUUCAUUGCUUUCUUACCAGUCCCUUUCAAGGGGAGGACAGACGCCACAGACUUGGGAACGGCAAUCAAUAUGAUCAUCUCCGUCAUGACGAAUCAUCACAUGCAAUCCCAUUCAAGUCACACUGCCAAUGUGCAUGCAUCAUCUCCCUUUAAUAACACUGUGUACAGUAAUGUACCCAGCAAUGACUGGAAAGAAAAUUGAUGCUGUCUUUUCUCGAAUGGCUUGCUUUCUCAUCACAGUCGCUGGAAUCUCAGUCAAACGUAGGACUCGAAAAAGCCACCGAAAGCCAAAUGAAAAGAAAAUAGUGACAUGUACGGGUUCAGGAAAUUGGAUUUACACAGAUAUAUGUGAUUUCAUAAAUGCCUAUUUUAGAUAAUAGUCAAAAGAACUCCUGAACCUUGGUCUCACACUGGAUUCUGGGACUUGCUCAUAUCUUGUGAAUUCUCCUUUCGGGUUUGAAUUUGUAAAAUAGUGGUUGUUAAAAUGACAUCUUAGGGGAUAUGCAAUGAGAAUAGGUAGAGAACACUAGGAUCACAUGUAAAUAGCAACGUUGAUGUUUUGUGAAAUACUUGAAAUCCCUUUAAUUAGUUGUUCUUGAAUGUGCUACACCCCUUAGCCUUGUCUUGUAGAGGCAACCUCAUACUCCUCAUGACCGGAUCAGGAUAGUCUAUCAGUUGCAUGUACAAUGUAUUGAAGCACAGUGUAGCCAAGGACUCGAGAGUAUUUCUAAGUGCCUGAAUACUUCUCUCAUCAUUUUAUUUUUUUAUGUGACAUCUUCUUCUUCCACCUCCGGUCUCUGUUCCGAACACCCCGAGUUUAGGAUUCUUACUGUUUAGUGGAUUUGUCAGUUUAGAAUUUUGCAAGUUAGAAGAAAAAAAAAAGAAGAUCCCGAAUCAACCAUGUUGAUGUAAAGAGCUGUUAAUAAACUGAAUUAUACUGUAUCAUACCACAGUUCUCCGUGCACAGACAGAGCAGUGUGCGAUAGAUAGACCGACUCACACAGCGUUAGCACUGACUAUCGUGGCUGUGUUGCGAUGGCAUGACAUAACAGAAAAUGAAAUAAAGGAGGUAUGCAUUGGUU